GGAUUCCACCCUCGGCGAUUGGUCCCGCAGUGAAUCGGUCAUACGGAUAUUCUAGCCAAUCGUCUGAUCGGAAAAGUUCAACAGACGUUGCGGAACAUAGAAACAUCCUAUUGGAAGUUAGCUUGCUAGCCAGGAUGAUAACGUAGCUAGCCAUCACAUUUCAGCACAUCGAGGAAGCUAAUUCAUUUAUCGCCAUGGACACACGUCGGACAGCAGGACGAGGCAGCACAACAUGUGUUUUCGUGGCGUUAGUUGUAGCGACGUGUCUUGAAACCAUUCGUGCUUUCGGCCACAGUCAAGACAGCGAAUUCACCUUUAUCUUAGCAGCCGGAAGAACCGAGUGCUUUUUCCAAACGGCUGCGAAGAACGUUACCAUGGAAGUGGAGUAUCAGGUGAUAGCCGGUGCAGGUAUGGAUGUAGAUUUCACCGUUCUCUCUCCUCACGGAUUCCAGCUCAUCUCUGAGUUCCGCCGCUCAGACGGAGUCCACAUGGUGGAACCCACGGAGGAAGGAGACUACCAGAUCUGUUUUGACAACAGCUUCAGCCGCUUCUCUGAGAAGAUGGUCUUCUUUGAGGUCAUCAUCGAGGGACAGCCGGGCGACGUGGGCGGGGAUGACGAGUGGGCGGGGCUUGGAGAGCCUGAGAGCCUAUUGGAGUACAAGCUGGAGGACAUUAGGGAGUCAAUAGACUCAGUACACCGUCGGUUAGAGAGAAGUGGUCAGAUGCAGACUGUACUGAGAGCGUUUGAGGCCAGGGACCGUAACCUGCUAGAAGACAACCUGUGGAGGGUCUCCUUCUGGUCCUGUACCAGUCUCAUUGUAAUGCUGGGGGUCGCACUAACUCAGGUAACACACCCCCACACUAGGACAACCUGUAGAGGGUCUCCUUCUGGUCCUGUACCAGCCUCAUUGUAAUGCUGGGGGUCGCACUAACUCAGGUAACACACCCCCACACUAGGACAACCUGUAGAGGUUCUCCUUCUGGUCCUGUACCAGUCUCAUUGUAAUGCUGGGGGUCGCACUAACUCAGGUAACACACCCCCACACUAGG